CUGAACUCAUUAUUAUUGAAGGUUUUUUUCUUCCAUUAAUAAUGAAACAUUUUUGAUAAAGUUAUUUGUUAACCAAACCAAUGCAAAGUUCAUUAAAUGUCAACGAAGAAAUCUUUGAUGGUAUAUUUGCUUUACAGGUGACAACUGAAAGACCUAAACGUUUUAGUAUGAUUACUGUUGACUGUUGUGUUAUCAAACAUCAAAUAGUACUUUGAAGAAACGAUUUCAGCGAGGAGUCCGUAACUACACAACGUGGUGACGCAACUUCAUGGGCUAGUUCUCUAACAUAACUGUCAUUAUUUGCGUUUAAAAUAUGAAGAUUCUUACAAUAGCACUCUUGAUUUCUCACAUAGUGAAUUCAAUGGCUAUAGGGAUCCAAAACGAUGAACCGAUAAGAACGAACUGUUCAGAUUUAUUCUCGUUUGUCCCAUACAUACAAACAAUAUUUAUCGAGGUGGGUGAAGAUACCGAUUCUUCGUUAAAAACUUGUCUGCUAAAAGACAUUGAAGAUGACCAGGCCGUUACGAUAAUCAAAAUAGACGAAAAAGACAAGGAUUUCCAGAUCGAUUUUACGAAACCAUUGUUUCAGACUAGUGACAUGCCUGCUAUCGCGAUUGUAAUAGAGACAUUGUCAAGAGACUUAGUUGAUGCUCCUUUUAUGAAAACCAUUUUUAAAUCUCAUUGGUCUAUGUUGCAUAUCAUAGUAACUAGCGACAAGCGGUUCAAGUGUGACGGAGGGACUAUGAAUUCUGAAGAUCUAAACUUUUUGGAAGAAAUAAUGCACCAACUUUGGUUAAAAUUCCGAUUCAUGCUCGUUGGCGUGACAUUUCCAAUGGCUUGCAAAAAUAAGUUUGCUGGAUAUCAUGGUAAAAAACCAUCUAAUACAAGUUUGUACGAUAGAUCGAUCAAAUUGCAAGAUACAAAUCAUCUCAUGGACAUAAACAAAAUUUUCACGCAAUUAGGAAAGCAACUAGCAGAGAACUAUCCGUUGCGGGCAAGCAUAUUUUUCAGAAAUUUCACUUCAAUAACUACUUGCAAAGACACACUUUACAUUCGCCGCUUUAAUCUGGACCUCACAUAUGGCUUCUGCGGACUAGAUGGAAUGGUAAUGCACGACGUCUUAAGGUACCUCAAAUUUAACUUGACAUUUUCUGAAGACAAGGAUUGCAUUAAUUAUGGCUAUGCGGGUCCUAUAAACGUCAGCGGCAGUUUGGGCUGCAUCGCCCGGAAAGAACUCGACGUAUCGUUCAAUUCAAGGUUUAUGACUUUAUAUGCCGAUGAAAACAUUUAUUACCUGUAUUAUGUGACAACAGAUUCACUCUGUGCCGUGGUAAAGCAAGCUGAGAUAAUACCGAUAUGGAUCGCGUUUUACCACAUCUUAAAAUUCUCAGUGUUCUGCUUUCUUAUUUCGUUUGUAGUGGGUAUGGGAGUACUCAUGUGGGCAAAAGCUUUCAUUGAAAAGAAGGUUACCGGCAGAAAGCCCAUGACUCUUUGGUUCUAUGUUCAUGAUGCGACAAAUUCCAGUAUAUUUGGAUAUACACUGCUGAACAAAAGAACUGUUUUAAGAGGCACGUGCUUGAUUCUCUCCGUUAUUAUAAAUGCGGUAUUUCAGGUCAGUUUAUAAUUGAAUCAUUCUAUUAACAAGUUCUUACCAAUUCAGGCGAUACUAGUAGUAACAACUUUUUUUCACAAAUACAAUUCCAGAGUCACAUUAACCGGACACACACUACUCUUCAACGAUACAAAAAUAUCGAGACUCUCCAAGAUCUUUAUAACUAUGGAGUAACGUUGUAUACUUCACCUAAUAUCAAAGAGCUGUUGAGGCAAGUUACUGACCCGCACGACCAUUUACAAAUGGAUUUCAUAAACAAAGCCAAAAUUACAUCGGGAAUAACACUUGAUUGCGUCAUAAACGAUGCUACAGUGACGACUCUUGAUCGAAAAAAUGAUGUUACGUUGAAAAUACUGGAAUACUACACGGACGACCAAGGGAUACCUAUGGUCAAUAUAGUUGAUGACUGUUUUAAAACCUACUUCCUAUCCUACACCGCCAGAUCAGGUAUAUGCUUUCACUCGUAUGCAGGUACACGCAAUAUUUGAACACGCAUAUUUAACCUAUUAAUUGUCUAAAUUCUCCUGAAUUUCGGUUGUUUUUGACUAAAAUAUGAGGCUAGUGUUAGACGUUAUCGCCAUUGUGUGACGCUACACAAAUUUCUCAUCCAUGCUGCUCAAAAUGAUUUUUAUAAAUAACAAAAGCUUUGUAACAUUGCGUUCAGGAGAUUAAUCCUACACCGACAUGAUAAUUCUAGAGUAAUUUGUUGAUUAUCUGCUCCAGGUUUUCCAUUCUUCGAGAACGUUCGUCAGUUUAUAGAACGAUUACAGGGGGCUGGAUUACCCACAAUGUAUUCUACUUGGACCCAACGUAUGCUCGGGGUACCAGAAUUGACCUUCAAAUAUCAUCAAGAAGCGCGACCUUUUGCUGAGACAUCAUUGGAUCACCUUCGGAUAUCUUAUGCAAUACUGUUCUGCGGAUAUGUUUUGUCUACCAUAUCAUUUGUAAUUGAACUGUGGAAAGGCAAACGUCAAAAUAUUCCAAUUGAAAGGAUUUCAAGACGGAAUCACGGAAGGAGAAACGUGCGUGGCUCAUUUUAAACAUUGACAAAAUAACAUAUAUGGUAUA